AUGGUUUCAAGUCUCCCAGCGGCUCUCGCCCUUCUCUCCGCCCUGCCGUGGACCUCGGCUGCCUCGGUGUCCGCGCGUCAGUCUACAGGCGACGCCGAGUGUCGCGACGUUCACGUCUUCCUCGCACGCGGAAAUAACGAACCGUACCCCGGCCGCCAAGGCAAACUUGUCACGGCUAUCUGCAAUGGCCUUGACAGCUGCGACUACGAAGACAUUCAGUUCUGGAACCCGCUAGAGGCACCGUAUUGUCAAUCUGUGGAGGAGGGUGCGGCGAACGGCACAGCACAGGUCACUGCGUACAACAAGAGGUGCCCGGAUUCCAAGCUUGUCUUGAGCGGCUACUCUCAAGGCGGUCAUGUUAUUGGCGACGUGUUGGGCGGAGGAGGCGGUAAAUUCUUCCAGGAUUGCCAGCAGAAGUCAAACGCGGGCUUAGAUGCGACGAAAGCACCCGGAAACAAGAUCUCCGCCGUGCUCAUCUUUGGCGAUGUGCGACAUACAGCCAACCAGCCGUACAACUACCUGUCUGGAUCUGGAGGUGCCGGACUGUUCCCUCGUCCCGAAAACCAACUCGCCGGUAUGAGGGCGUAUUCCGACGUUAUGCGCUCAUACUGCGUUGAAUCAGACCCUAUUUGCGCUGGAGGAGACACAUCCGCCAACCACCUGAACUACUUCGACAUCUACUCCGGCGACGCCGGGAAGUGGGUACAGGAGGUGGUUGCCGACAAGUGCUUCGUCAAGUCUGCCGGCGAGCGCGACAACAGAAACCGCUGUACCAACUGA